AACUGAGCACCUUCAGUUCCUAAUGAGCUUUAAAGAGUUAGAGAAGGCAUUUUGCAUCCAGCAAGGACAAAGUAAGCUAUUUUAGUUAAUUCUUCAAGUCCUAACCUUCACCCACUGCUUUUCACUACAUGCAUCAGGCAUUUAAAUUUAAAUAAAAAUCAAUAUAUUCACCUUGCAAUUUUGUAUUAGUAGCAUCCAACUUCAUGGAUUAAAAAUUGAUGAAAUGGAUUUUAUUAUCAGUUUAGAAGAUAACUGUUACCUUUAUUUUGGGGUGCUAUUGAUGAGUUCUAUUCAGAAACUUCAAGACACCCAUGAGUCUAAUGUAAUCAUUCUGUAUAAAACUGUAUGGGAAAUAGUUUUACAAUGAAAAUGUACUAACAAUGUAUUAUCUCCACAUGCCCAUUUUAAAAAAGAAAUGUUACAAUUUAACAGGAAAUAAAGAUUAUCCCUUACUCAUAUUAGGCCUGACUCCAACACUGGUAAUCAGAUUGACUGCUAAAUAACUCCACCAAUACUUUUCUUGUACUCACUGGAAGGACUUAUGUAGGCAAAUACUACUGAGCCCUGGCAAAAGUGGGAAAAUCUGGGCUUCUCUGAUUCAAGGGUUUAUUAUUAACAAAACCCUCAGUUGCUCAAACCCCACAAAAUGAUUUCAACUGAACAGUCACACCACUAGUCGGAGAAAGGCACACAUGUGAUAAAGGAGGAGAAUGAAAAAGCUCAUUGACGUGUUGAUAUACAGCUGAUAAGGAAAACAAAAACCCACUUAAAAUAAACAAGAGUUGAGUUUCAGUCGAAGCCCGAAGCAGCAUCUGGUUGCUUUUCUCUUGCUGCAUCAAGAUGUUUGCAACGAUGCUGAAGGUAUUUCCAGUUCUGGCCAUCCUUACAGGUCAUGUCAGCGGUGUUGUGGUGACCGUGCCUGAGAAGAUAGUGAAUGUCACUACAGGUGGCAAUGCAACCCUCCUCUGUACAUACACGAGUUCUGGAUCAAUGGGAAACUUCUUUAUCCAGUGGAGCUUUUACAGUGCCAAAGAGACCCAACUGCACACCAUCUAUUAUUAUUCAGAAGGCCAGUCUUACUCCUAUGGAGAGUUUAAGAACAGGAUAACAGCUGCAACAGGUCCAGGGAAUGCAUCAAUUACAAUAUCCAACAUGCAGCCCUCAGACACUGGUUCCUACACCUGUGAAGUUUUCAGUCCACAGGGUGAUGCUGGACAGAGCCAAAAAUCCGUGAUUGUCAAUGUGCUGGUCAAACCAUCAACACCUUUCUGCAAAAUAGAAGGAACUCCUGAAAAAGGCCAUCUAAUCUACCUCUUAUGCAGAUGUGAGGAAGGAUUGCCUCACCCUACCUACCGCUGGUACAAAGUAGCUGACAAUACCCUCAAGCCUGUGACUGAACAACUCAAUCCGAACACUGGCAUUCUUUACAUUGGCAAUCUCACCACCUUUGAAACUGGGUAUUAUCGGUGCGUAGCUAGUAACAUUCUGGGGAACAGUACCUGUGAGCUGGACCUAACUACGAACUAUUCAGACGGUGGCAUUGUUGCUGGAGCAUUAAUUGGAGCAGUUCUUGCAGCUGCUAUCAUUUGCAUUAUUGUCUGGGUCUUACGCAAGAAGGCAAAAAAGACUAAGAAGACGCCAAGUAAAGAGAUGCAAGAAAUGGCUCAGAAACAAUCCAAUGCAGAGUAUGUUCAGGUACCUAACGAAGAAAACAUUCCUGCAACCACAGUUCCACCAAGCAAUGCAACAAAUGAAUACCCUAGUGUUGAUGAAACAGCCUCUGGAACACCUCAGGAUGAUGAGAAGCAAGAAGUGGAAAAAGAAGAAACAGCCUAGUUUUAAUACAGUUUUCCGUGUCAGCUUUGGACCCCUUUAUAUAAAAAUUGUUGUCAUUGAAUUAACACAGAGGCAUGACUAAAACUUAGAUGGGUAUUUGUAUUGUGAACCGCUGUGCUGCAGAUUGAAAAGGGUCUGUUACACAGGCACACUGAAGAUUUGGCCUUUAGAGUUAACAAAAUUUCAUUUAUUAUCUGGUUAUAAUUGUACAUAAAUAUAAGUCUAAAAAGACUACCAGUCUUUUAUCAGUCUAAAAGACUAUUUUGCAACCUAUUUUGCAAAACUAAUUAUGAAAAGGGCUGGAGCAUUUAUCAAAGUAAAAGUUUUCCAGUCACCUCUCAGUCAUGCUGUAUGAUCUAUACAGAUCCGAACCACAGCAGUCUUCUCCAGAAACAGUGUUAGCCAAACUCCUGUUUCCUGUGCACCAAGGACAAUCAUCAUGGCCAAUACACUGCAGUGUUUAAAGGCUCUGACUUUGCACAUCAGAAGUAAAAAGAAGUUUCAUCAAUGUCCAUCAGAGUGCAGAAACAGAUGUUAAGACCUGGAACAAUGAUAUCUGUUGUGUUUGGAUUCCACUUACAGGAAAAAAAAAAAAAAAGGCCUGGAAACUUCUACCCUGUUGCUGCCAGAUGUGGAAUACAUUUUGAAGUUUUAAAGUUCCCAAGGCACCUGCAUUCAGAGUUGUGUGUUUCAGCAGUUUUGGUUUUCAGUUUAAUGGAACUAGCAUUCAGGUACUCAGUUCAGACAUCAAUUGACUGGUUUCCAGACAACAGGACCUGGAAAUCUAAAUCCCUUACAAGGCUUGGCAUGACAGGCACAGAAUAUCAGAUUCUUCUUGACACACAGAUAGAACUGUUUUCAAAACUUGGAAGUUAAUACUGCUUGCUGUACAACACACUAGUUUUUACUGCUUCCUCUGCCAGAGAUGAUUUAAAUCUAUCUCCAGGCAACUGGUCUACCAACUAAGCAACA